AUGGAAAUACCAAAUUUAUCAGGAUAUUGUAUUGAUAUAAAUAAAAAAGAAUAUAAUUCAUUUGGUAAAGGAAGUAAAAGUGAAGGUGGUAAUUGUUAUCAAUUAAACAUUUAUAAAGAAGUUGUAUUAAAAGAUCAAAAGAGAUUAGAGGAUGCACCAAAAAGUUUAAAGAAUAUUGAUGUUUAUGGUGGAGAGAUUGGUGAUUCAGAAUAUGAACCCAUUGGAUAUAGAAUAGGUGAUUUAAAAAAUAAUAUAAAUGCAAUCACCUUUUCAAAUUUAACUAUUGGUAAAAAUUUAAAUUCAACAACCAUUGAUUUAUAUCAAAAUCAAUAUGGUAUAAUUUUUGAACCAAAUGAUAUUCCAACUAAAAUUUCAAUUAAUCCAUUAUCAAACUCUAAUGAUAAUGAUCCGACAAGUAAAUUAUUUUAUCAAAAUUUUCAAGAUAUUCAAUUUGAAUUAAAUCAACAUUUUUGUUUAUCAAUUGGUUCUGUAAUUUUUAAAAUUAUAAAUAAUAAUAAUUCAUCAUCAUCAUCAUCAUCAUCAUCAUCAUCAUCUUCAUCGUCAUCAUUUUCUUCUUCUUGCUCAACAAUUGGAGAAUUUUGUCAAAUACCUGGUAUUGAAAAUGAAUCAAUUUAUAAAUUAUUAGAACAAGAUCCAAUUAAAUUUGUAAAUAAUUAUUGUAAUGCAAGUAAUAAAGAUUAUUUAGAUUUAAAAAAGUUUAUUCAAAGAUUACAUUCAAUAUUUAAUCUCGUAAAUUGGUCAAUAGAUUUUCAAAAUUAUCCAGCUUUAUUAUUUUUAAUUUCAAAUAUCUAUAGAGAAAUUAAUGAACAACAUAAAGAAUAUCAAUUAGGAGUUGCAAAAAGAUUAGAAUAUAUCAUUGAAUUACCAUUGAUUUUACCAUCAAAUGAAAUAAAUCAAUCAUUUUCAAAUCAAUUAUUAAAUUUAUUUAAAGAAAAUAAUCAAUUUCAAAAACCAUUAUUAUUAAAUUUAUCUUUAUUAAUAAAUAAUAAUAUUAAUAAUAAUAAUAAUAAUAAUAAUAAAUCAAAUAAUGAUGAUAUUUUUAAAUUAAUAAUUAAUAAUGAUAAAUUUUUAAAUUUAUUUAAAUCAUUAUUAUCAAAAAAUAAUGAACAAGAAAUUAAAAAACAAUAUUAUUUUACAACUAAUAUUAAUCAAUUUGAACCAAUUUCAAAACAAAUUAUUAAUGAAGAAUUCAUUUUAAAAUUAGUUUCAAUUAUUAAAUCUAAUGGUAUAAAUGGUUUAAUAUUAAAUAAAGAUAGAUCACCUUAUUUAAUUUUACCAUCAUCAAAUUGUUUAAUUGAACCAUCAACUAUUAAAUUUGAUGAUUCAUUAACAAAUCUUUAUUCAAAAGAAAAUCAAAACAAAACAAUUAAAUUUUUAGAAAAAUUAAAUAAUAUUAAAAAAUAA